GCCGAAGAUGCCAAGCUCUUUCUUGAAAUGUUGGUUCCUGGGAACCUGCUUAUUUCCCUCACAGUCCACAAUUCCCAAGCUCUCUAAGAAGCAGGAUCUCUGCUGAGGAUCUCUGGAAAGAGCGGCGACUGUGGCCUCCGCUCCUCUUCCCGGCCCUUCGGAUCCCCACUACCCGCUGCCAUGGAGAAUGGCAGCAAGUUGGACAGCCCCACCAACUUCUCCCUGCUGGGCGGCGGCGCUGUCCCAGGCAUGAUCGAGUACAAGACCAUCUCCGUCUUCCUGGUGCUGCUGAUCUGCGGGUUGGGCAUCGUGGGCAACGUGAUGGUGGUACUGGUGGUACUGCCCACCCGAAACAUGCGGACCCCCACUAACUGCUACCUGGUCAGCCUGGCCCUGGCGGAUCUCAUGGUGCUUGUCGCCGCUGGGCUGCCCAAUGUUUCCAACAGCCUGGCAGGGCGCUGGAUCUACGGGCGUGCCGGUUGCCUGGGCAUCACCUAUUUUCAAUACCUGGGGAUCAACGUCUCUUCCUGUUCCAUCACCGCAUUCACUGUAGAGAGGUACAUUGCUAUCUGCCAUCCCAUGAGAGCUCAGACCGUGUGCACCGUGUCCCGUGCCAAGCGCAUCAUCUCCGGGAUCUGGCUGGUCACAUCUUCCUACUGCACGCUCUGGUUCUUCCUGGUCGACAUCAACAUCAGUAAGAACCAAAGCCCAGAGUGCGGCUACAAGGUCUCCCGCAACCUCUACCUCCCCAUCUACCUGCUGGACUUCGCCAUCUUCUUUGUCACUCCGCUGCUCGUGGCCACCGUCCUCUAUGGGCUGAUCGGGAGAAUCCUUUUCCUGAGUUCUCUCUCCUCUCUGCCCAACCACGCCUCCAACUGCUGGUGGGGAAAAGGUGCUAAGGAGAGGAACCCCCGGGAGAGGGACACAGGGGGAAAGGCUGAGGAGGCCAAGAUGAGCAGCAGUUCCAGAGCCAAAGGGGCUCUCUCUUCCAGGAAACAGGUCACCAAGAUGCUGGUGGUAGUGGUGGUCCUCUUUGCUCUCCUGUGGACGCCCUACCGAACCCUGGUGUUGGUCAACUCCUUCGUGGAUCACCCCUACCUGGACCCCUGGUUCAUCCUGUUCUGCCGCAUUUGCAUCUACACCAAUAGCGCCAUCAACCCCGUCAUCUACAAUCUCAUGUCCCAGAAGUUCCGGGCGGCCUUCCGGAGGCUGUGCAAGUGCCGGGAGGAAGGGCUGCAGCGGCGGAACACGUAUCUGACCACCAACAGCUACAGCAUGGUCCGGGAGUCUCUCCAGGCCAAGUCCCAGGCCCAGAGAAGACGGAGAGGCCAGCCCCAGGGCAACGAGGAGCAGGAGAGCAGCGCGGAUGACCCACAAGUGGGUGGCCAGGGAGAUGGCCGGGAAGAGCCGUACUUCAGCAUGGUAUAAAGCCUCUCUCUCCUCCUCCCCUGCCGCAGCCCCCUCACUGACUGAUUCCCUUCCUGCCGCUCCAGGAGAAGACUUGGUCUCUGUUCAGCUGGGGAAAAGGUUGAGGUGCCAGGACAGGGAGGAGCCGUCCUGCCUCUUCUGGAAGGAAACUGGAGAGUCCUGCCCACUGUUUGGGCGGGUCCUAAAUACCUGUGGACUCUGGUUCUAGAAUAGCAGGACUGAGACGCCUGGGAUGGAGGGACCAGAAUCAGUCCGGGAUCUGGCGGGGCUUUAGGUGGCAAGGAGAGGGUAUAGGGUAAAUACCUUUGACUGACUGGGGUGACCAGGGUCCAGGGGACCAGAUCCAUAUUCAUCUCUGCGGUGCAAGAGGCUCUCAGGAGCCCAGAUCCCUGCAUCCAAUUCCCACUCCCUGAUGCUCAGCAUAGCGGGGAAACACAGGGCCUAAGGAACUGAGGGCUCCCAGAUGGUUCCUCAGUAAUUCUUUCCUCCCUAUCCCUCAACAUCUUUCCACAAGGGAAAACUGCCCUUAAGGCAUGAUCACUAGAUAUUUGUGCAAUAUUUGUAUUUGUGUUCUGGGUCAUGCCACCCGGAGGGAGUACUGCAUCCAGCACUGGAUGCAGUGGAAGACCUUGGAUCCCAAUGCUAACUGGCUUCUGGCACAAUCUGCCUUUAUGAGAAGAAGGUCAAGAGCUUCUCUGGACAAUGACUUUUACACGAGACCUUUUGGGAGAGUUAUCUGUGACUAAAACAAACAGCAGGAACAAAUAGAAUUAGCCACAGGGCCCCAAACUCAGCUUUUACAAGUGGCAUUUGGACUUUUGUCCUAAAUGAAGCAAUAUUUUGGUCUCCAAGGGUUUUGAACGAUUGAAGAUACCCCUGAAGCUCUGGGGCCUCUCACGGAAGUUUGGGUCCCUUCCCUGGAGGACGAUUUUUCUGGGCAACAUCCUGGGUCAGGUCCAUAUUGCUCAGCUCCUGGGAUGAGAAGAACAUCACUGAAGCCAGAACCUGGGACCAGAGGCAGAGAGAGAACUCUGUAGGGCCAAGGCCAGGGUGGAAAUUUCAGGGCUCUGUAUUCCAGUCAACCGUGCAUGUUGCGUGAGCUUGCAUACCUCAUUGUUGGAGUGGCUUGGUGCUGGCUGGACUGAAAAGACAGCAGGAGGUCUUUCAGGUCACUGUCAAUACUGUAAUGUUGCAGUCUAGAACUGUUAUGCUACAUCUGCUUGGGCCCAGGCAUGGGCACAGCUCCUUCCAGCCCCCUGUCAAAAAUCUGCUCGUUCUCUUCCAUCUCUGCCCUCAACUAAAGUUAAAUUGAGCCAGGGAAGAAUUGGGAGCAGUGAGGACUUGGAGUCGAUACAGCAGGCCUGGUGAGGGAGCUCCCUUCCACCAGCAGUUUUAGCCUCCCCCGCUGGCUUAUUGUCCUCUUAUUCCCAGACAACUGGCUGGCAUUAGAGUUGGUCUGAAGAUGAGGGGUGAAGGGAAAAGCCACCAGGAUGGAAAAGAGAAGGUUGGCAACUGAGGGGUCCUGGGAGCAGAGCUGUGCUGUGCCCCAACCAGGGCAUUUAGUUAAGGGGACCAUCCUUUCCUCUUCUCCCACACCCUUCUGUGUUGUCUUAACUUGCUCCCUUUAUUCGUCCCCGCUCCCAGCCCCACAACACUAAUGUACAUAGCUGUAAUUUAUUUAUUUAAUGCCUGGCUCCCCCUCUAGACUGGAAGCUCAUUGUGGGCAGGGAAUGUGUUGUUAUAUUGUACUCUCCCAAGCACUUGGUACAGUG